UCAUAUAUAAUAAAAAUUGAAUAGUUAAAGCGCUUUUCUCGCACAUUUUGUAUGAAAAAUCAUUUACUAUCGAAUAUCACAUAACAUUACGAGAUAUCACAAAAAAUUACGUUUUCAAUUGUCCUUAUCCUAAAAGAAGUAUCAUGAUUAAUGCUAAAUUAUUACCGUAAAUACCAGCUCCAUCUAACAUUUUUUGUUUAUAUAACCCGUUUAGCACUUAAAUAGAAAAUCGUAUAAAGUUGUUGGUGGCCAAAUUUUAGUUCCAUAUAAAACUUUUAUUCCAUAUUAAUUUUUAACUAAGAGGUUGUCCUCACCUUUAUAAACUAUAACUAAAUUUUAUAACGCCAAGGAAUACAUUUUCCUUACUGCUGUUAAAGCUACGUGCAGUGUUUAUGAAUAUUAAACAAAAAACGUCCGUUUUUGCUUCAUCUUUUUCUAUAUCAUUUGUUUACAAUAUAAUUUAUUUCAUACCUUUGUCAUUGUAUUUUGCUUUUACUCUAAAGUUGACAGCAAUGGAUUUUACAAUUACAAUUAAACAGUACAAAUUUCGUAUGACGACUUAUUUUGUUUUUGGCAUAAAAAAAUAUCCAAUAAUUUUAUAUCGUACCCUUCCUUAAACUAAACCGCCCUCGUUUAAAGCACUUUAAAACGUCAUUUUGGUAAACAUUUGAGAGCUGAAAUUAUAUCUGACUAAAAGAUUUUUGCAAUUUAAAUACAGAUAAUUAAUGGUCUAUUUUUGAAGAAAUUUGUCAUGAAUAUAUUUGUAUUAAUUUGGAAAACAUAACAAUGACCUCCAUUUAGAACGUCGCCAUAUUCACCAGUUUAACUUUUUCAAAAAUAAGUAUCCAGAUAAAGUUAAGCAAUGAACCUAACAUUCCCUUUAAAAUUGUACAAAUGAAAAAAUUUCGUUCGAUAUAUCAUAGCAGCGUUAGUGCUUUAAGAUUUAUAAGAGUUUUACGGAAUCAGUUAUAAAACCGCAAGAGUAAAAGUAUUAUAGUUAGGUUUUUAGGGUCUGUAUAAAACUUUUUAUAAAUCCUAAAGUAACCAAUACCAAGGGUUUUAUAAAUAGAGUAAUGGCAAAGUUUUGGAUGCAAUAUUAUAAAUCUUAGAGUAUUUUGGUAAUUAUUGAAAUCCUUACAAAACUUGUAACACCAAUGAUUUUCCUAUAAAACUAUAAACACCGUUAUAAAACCUAAGGUUUGUUAUAAUAGUAUAUUAUGCAACAAGUGCGGUAAACGGCAUUUGACUCACGAGUUGAUUUGACACGAGCGGAGCGCAGCGAGUGACUUAACAAGUUUACCGAACGUGUUGCAUACUGUACUUUUUCUACGACCGUUAGUUUUUGGAUACAUUUUCGCAAACCAACACCAAUACAUUCACUGACAUGACAAUCAAUUGACAAACGUCAAAAUUCAAAGCGUGGGAAAUAUCUCCGAAAACAUCCGAUUGCUCCCAAAUCCGUGCGGUAAAAUCCUGGAAAUGUUCGAAGUAGCUCGGAUUCAUGGGAAACGGAACUGACGUGGUAUUUUAAAGACGGGAGUAGAAAAACCCCCUUUAUACAUAACCGUUAAUGAAAUCUUAAACCGGGCAAAAUGUUAGUUGGCGUAUCAAAUUUGAACAAAAUUGACCAGAAGAUGGCAAUCAAUUAUGAUUAUUAUAAUAUAAUAAUUAUGUAUCAUUAAUUGAAAUCGUAUUUUUUAUGUGGUGUUUGACACUAUGUUUCUUGACGGACCCACGUUUAAUAUAAACUUUUUGCCUUAAAUCCGUUCAAAGAAUACCGAAAAUAAAGAUGUUUCGUUUAUUUCUGCUCAAGUGGACUUAGAAAAAUCAACAAAUGUUUAAAUGAGUCGAAAUAACUUAUCAACGAGUAAAUCAUUGUUCAGGGACGUCUUAGAUCAUAAAUCGGUUCUUCUAACUGUGAUGCCGUAAAAUGUGCGUGCCGUGAAUGUUACGCUCCCGAUGCCCGACAAGUGACGGUCGCCGAGUGAGACGUAAAAGUAAACUGUGAACGAACCAUGAUGAACAAUGUGGGCGGCCUUCUCGAGAUCGAUAGAAAUUUUGGUUGCAUUCUUCGAAUACUAUUCUACAAGAGCUCAGUUAGAGACGACAGGAAGUCCGCAGGCCAAAUCGCCGGCGGGAAGCAGCGGCGGCGCCUUAGUACCUUCCGAAGCGAAAACACCCACCGCUCCUGCGAACAAAGCCCUUCAGAAUGUCAAGGGCGAGCACCCGUCGGUAAGCCAGGAUAUGGCAUUCCUGCAGAGCCGGUCGAUAUCGCUGGUGGACAUGUACAUUGACAACUCUGAACCGUCAGAAAAUGUCGGUCAGAUUCAUUUCUCCUUGGAGUACGACUUCCAAAACACGACUCUUAUCCUUAGAAUAAUACAGGGUAAAGACUUACCGGCAAAAGAUUUGUCGGGCACCAGCGAUCCUUACGUGAGGGUGACCCUGCUGCCCGACAAGAAACACCGACUCGAGACAAAGAUUAAGCGGAGAACGCUGAACCCGAGAUGGAACGAAACCUUUUACUUCGAAGGCUUCCCCAUACAGAAGCUCCAAUCGCGGGUGUUGCAUCUGCACGUGUUCGACUACGACAGAUUUUCCAGGGACGACUCCAUAGGGGAGGUAUUCCUGCCCUUGUGCCAGGUGGACCUGAGCGAGAAGCCCUCAUUUUGGAAAGCCCUCAAACCGCCGGCGAAGGACAAAUGCGGCGAAUUGCUCACUUCCCUGUGCUAUCACCCGAGCAACAGCAUCCUCACCCUCACAUUGCUCAAAGCCCGCAACCUCAAGGCCAAAGACAUUAACGGAAAGUCAGAUCCUUACGUGAAGGUGUGGCUACAGUUCGGCGACAAGCGCGUCGAGAAACGCAAGACGGCAAUCUACAAGUGCACCCUCAACCCGGUGUUCAACGAUUCAUUUUCGUUCAACGUCCCCUGGGAAAAAAUCAGGGAAUGCUCGCUUGACAUCAUGGUGAUGGACUUCGAUAAUAUCGGGAGGAACGAACUGAUAGGGAGAAUAUUACUAGCCGGUAAAAACGGCUCAGGGGCGUCUGAAACAAAACACUGGCAGGAUAUGAUCACGAAACCACGUCAGACAAUUGUACAAUGGCACAGGCUCAAACCGGAGUAGGUUAGAGAUAUUUUGAGACGGUAAAGCUAAUCGAACAAGACUUAACUGUUUCCCGAAUGCACUUUCUCCGUCACUCUUCCGUGACAUCAUCUCGACUUAUACAUCGACGUCUAUACGCGAAACGCCACUUACUGAAUUUGUAUCAAUACAGAAAUGCUUUGUAAGCGCAAUAAACCGGGUUAAGUUUUGGUUCCCGAUCUCGCAGAGUUCACAAUUCUAAAGCAAUUAAGACAUCAUUUUAAAGUUUUUCUCUUCCAUUUUCCUACUAUCUGCAAUGUAAAUUAUAUGCACAAACACACAUUGUAGGUCUCUGAAAAUAUAUAUCUGUCUCUGUUCUUUACUGAAAAAAAAAACAUAAGAAAAAGAACUGGCAAAAUAUCUCGUUAAAGAGACAUAUUUUUGUGAUAACUAAAAAAAUGUUAAUAAAAUAUUGUUAUGAAUGUGAAUAUUUUACGAUAUAUUAAAUAUAAUAUAUAAAAAAAGAUGAAAAUAACGAUGUGAGAGAAGUUAUUGUAAUUAUAUGAAAGUCUGUAUUCAAACGUUGCGUCAUAGGGAGCGAUGCGCGCGCAAAAUUAGAGCCAAUCGUGAGCCGACGGGUCCGCCCGUGGGGCGUGGCUUGUUCCGCACGGGGCGGUCGCAGCGCUGUAGACCAAUAGUACAUCUUCUACACUAAGAGAACGCUCGUACUCAAGGAAUCUCGCAACAAAAAUUACGUCAUUCUUAGGAACUAUGACAAGCUCUGUUGAAGAGUUUUCUGGAUAAAACUGAAAGAAUCAACGAAAAGUGGGAGAUAAUAAUGGUCAAAGUUUACAGAAUAACCUUCGAUCAUAAUGUAAUGUUUAUCUGGUUUACCAACGGGUGUAGCAUCAGCAACUUUUAUUAGAGUUAUAUUCAUUUGCUAGAAAGAAAUUUAGGGCACAUUUUUUUUUCUAAAAUCUGUGUAACAAUUGGUUAUAAAGUAUUGUGGUACCUGUACUAAUCAAAACUAUUAUGGAGACAAGAAACUAAUAGUAAUCUAUACAAGGUUAGUCAACGAUAGGAGUUGUUUUAAUACAACUAGGUAUAUUUCAGAACAGUUUUAGAAUGUGUUGUGUCCAUAUAGAAUGGAAAAAAAAACUUUAAGUGAAAACUUAUUUUCUUUAAUCAAUGACUUAACUUUGCAGGGUCAUUAAAAAUGAAAAAACCAUUUGCUGUUAAUAAUUACAUUAAUAGUUGUGACUACGUCCUGUGUCCUAGGCAGGCCAGUACUUACUUUACCACAGUUUUUGCAACCCUUAACAAUCCUUUAUUUUGCAUGUGUUUAUUUAAAGCAUUUUUCCCAAGGAAGAAAUAGAAAAGCGUUAGUAACUCACAGAUAUAAACAUAAACUACUCAUUUUUAUUUUUUAAUUCAAAAUGCUGUCGUUUUUUAGUUGUGUGAAAACUGACAACGUUCUGCGUCACUUCAACUUCGAAUGACAUUUGAGUAAGGAGUACGAGAAUGUACGAGCUCUUUCCGUUAGCAAACUCUCGCACUUUUCAAGAAUAAAGCCGUCGAUGAGGUUAAGCGCGAUAAGAACGGCAGUAACUUAUUUUGUUUUUUUUGAUAUAUAUUAUAAACCAUGCCAUGCCAUAAGGCAGUUCCUCUGCAAUUUCGCAUUAAAUUGCCCAUGGCAUAUCAUUUAUUAUCCCUUAAUUAUUAAACCCGCUAAUGUUCAGACGAAUAAUAGACAACAGCUGCUUCAAUCAGUGCUGAAAUCGCACAAAAAAUACGGCGUAAAAA